UUCAAAACAGACCACGAAAUGGGUGAAGUCGGUUUGUUUAUGUUAGCUCGCUAGCAAACCAUAACUUGUAUUCCACUAAAAUAGCGAAACAUUUAGCUAGCUACACUAAAAUAACAUGUCUCAAGUGACUAGAUUACAAAUAGCAAUGGACGCGGAAGAAAUUGUUGCCCAACUUAACAAAAAAGAAUUGCGCAAGCAGCAGUUGAUAGAGUACUUAGCAGCAAAAGGAAGACUGAAGCCACCAAACCCAAAACCUUAUCUUCGAGAUGCCGUUAAAGCAAAGCAGAUCACCAUGUCUACCGUGAAGGAUAAUCUGGACCCGGGAAAAGAGAACCGGGGUCCAAAUGCUCUCAAGAUGAAAAAGAGAGUGGUGAAGGUUCAACCUCUGAUGGCCAACGCCGUUUCCCAAACCACAGGCACCUUCUGCAGUACCACCAACAAACAGAGCUCCGCCAACGGUCUCCUCUCUGCAGCAUCGAGUACCGCACGUCUCAACGUGCUCAAAGGCGUUACAAAGCCUUCUGCGGUUGCCCCAAGUCACUCAACCAGCCUGAAGACGGCUCCAGCCAGAUCACAAUCCACUGUCCCUACCAAAAGAUGCCCAGGCACCACCAACCAACCCAGAACCCAGCCUAAUCCAGCUGUUAAAGUCGGCAACACACGCCCUAGCUCAGCCAUACCCCUGGCAAACGCUGGUAGAACACAUUCAGCCAACACAACCAGACCAAAGUCAAAUAUUACUGGGAAACCCGCUAACACUCUCCACACAGCCGGCACGCGGCCCAGCACAGCCGGCACGCGGCCCAGCACAGCCGGCACGCGGCCCAGCACAGCCGGCACGCGGCCCAGCACAGCCGGCACGCGGCCCAACACAGCCGGCACGCGGCCCAACACAGCCGGCCCUGCUCCAGCAUCAGUCUCCUUCACCCCCCUGGUCUUGAACAGAGCAUGCCCAAGCACCAGCCCAGUCCCAGCUGUGACCCAAAAGCCACCAGUUACUACUCAGAGGAGAACGAAUCCCUUCACUGGCGUGAGUGAGACUAACCAGAGGACAACUGCCUUGGCUGCGGACAAUGGGCAAAGGAGGAGCCAAGCUGUGAGCAGGACUGAUUCCAAACCACUCCCAGAGAGAUCCAGUAAACCAGCAGGGCAGAAACAACCUGUCACUGGACCUAAACCCAUCAUCCAAGGCCCUACUGGUCCUGGGCACAAGACUGCAGCUACGAAGCCAGGUGAUAUUCAGAGGGCUGCAUCACAGCACAGGGCCGAGGCUAGAGGAGCAGGAGCCAGCACUCGGAUAUGGAAGGCUGCCUCUCGAGCCUCCACCGGGAUAACAGGAAGCCAAUGGCAGAACACUGCUCUGAGUAGGGCCAUGCAUGCAGCUGUGGCUGCGAUGGGACAGAAAAGCAGCGCUGAGGAAAACCGAGACAUGGAGAGCGGGUCGGCAGACACCGACACCAAGAAUGAACCCAAUGCUCCAUCGCCCUCAUCAACAUCUCCGGCGUGUUGGCCUAGGCCUCACAGCAGCACAGCAAGUGGUGUGUGGAUCCCCCAGACGGUGCCUCGCUCUGCCAAAAAGUCCAGCUAUGGCCAGGAGGAGGUGGGGUGGGAGGCUGGUGUUGGCCUUAAGACACCCAGAGACCAGGCCAGGGUCGUGCCCAAGACCGAGGGCCGCAGGAAGAUGACAGCUGCCCAGGAAGAGAGAAUGCAGAAGCUCCAGGAAUGGCGUGAGAACAGGGGCAUCUCCUACAAGCGUCCCCCCAUGCCGGUGAGGCCUCCUCGGGUGCGGCGCACCUUGGCCCUUCCUCAGGCUUACUGGGACGGUAUGGAGGAGGAAGUUGAGGCCAGGUCUCUGGUUGAAGCUGUGGACCGGUGCCUGGCUGACUGCAUCAAACUGCUGAAUGAGGGCUGCCAGUCCUCCCAGGUGCAGGAGAUGCUGUCCACUGUGCCCAUGGCCGAGAAGUUCUCCAAGUACUGGAUCUGCCAGGCCCGUCUGAUGGAGCGCCAGGGCAACCUGGAGGUGCUGCCGCUGUUUGAAGAGGCUGUACGAGUGGUGUUAGAGCCAGUAGACGAGCUGCGGACUGUGGUGUUUGAGAUGCUGAAAAAGAAGGAAGAGACACAAGGUCAGUCUCCCGUAACAUCGGCGCAGCAGGAUGACUUUAUGGAGCUUCACUCUACACCAGACCCCAUGGCCACACCCACAGCCGUCAAAGCCCUGAUCCGUGGUGACCGAGGAGGCUCGUCUGUGGUCAAGUACAAGAUCACCGCCACUCCAGGUGGUUUCAGGAGCCAGAAGAGGGAGUCGGCGGUGGCCCGCGUGUUGGACGGACAGGAGCUGAGAUUCUUCACGCCCGUCAGGCGCUCGGUGAGGAUCGAGAGGUCCGCGCUCUUCUACCCCGCCUCCCUGCAGGAGCACGACCUAUGUGUGGCCUCCUUCAAUGACCUGAUGGCCCAACAGGAUGAGAGAGAGGGGGAAGGAGAGAGGGAGGGAGACAAAGAGGGGGGAGGCAGCGCCGGGCCCGUCCCAAACGGUCAUCUGUACGUGUACAGAGAGAACAGUGCACUGAGAGACAAGGUCAACAUCCAGCUGGUCUACGCUGAGGAAGAAGACUAACGGUCCAAGUAGUGUAAAGUGGCUUCCUCUCCUGCUUUAGCCUGAUCUACCAGUACAGGAAUAGGGAGGUGCUGGAUAUGAUGCCCACUCACCAUCUGGGAAUGUAGCUUACACCUGUCCAGUUGUAUGUCCUUCAGUGCAUGGUCACAUUCCUUAGUGGCGAGCUGUAGUAAAACAAACAGUUCUGAAAGACACCUGGGGGGGUGAGUUUGUCAAUCUAAACUUUUCUGUACAGAAUCGUGCAGGAAGAGCCUGUCGAUCCAUCUGUCUGGGGGUCAUGCAUAGAUGGGUUUCCAACUCGACAGUUACUCAUUUGUAUGUCAAACCAAAAGCAUCCAUUGACUUUUUAGAUGGACUUUUGUUUUUUAAUGCAAACUGUGGUAAGGUUUUUUUUUAAAGAUUGUACAUACAGUUGAAGUGGGAAGUUUACUUAAAUGUAAGUUGGAGUCAAAAAAACUCGUUUUUCAACCACUCCACAAAAUUCUUGUUAACAAACUAUAGUUUUGGCAAGUCGGUUAGGACAUCUACUUUGUACAUGACACAAGUAAUUUUUCCAACAAUUGUUUACAGACAUAUUAUUUCACUUAUAAUUCACUGUGUCAGAAGUUUACAUACACUAAGUUAACUGCCUUUAAAAAGCUUGGAAAAUUCCAGAAAAUGGCGAUGGCUUUAGGAGCUUCUGAUAGGCUAAUUGACAUCGUUUGAGUCAAUUGGAGGUGCACCUGUGGAUGUAUUUCAAGGCCUACCUUCAAACUCCGCCUCCGCUUGACAUCAUGGGAAAAUUGUACAAAUAAAAUAAAAUUUGUAGACCUCCACAAUUCAUCCUUGGGAGCAACUUCCAAACGCCUAAAGGUACCACGUUCAUAUGUACAAACAAUAGUAUGCAAGUAUAAACACCAUGGGACCACGCAGCCGUCAUACCGCUCAGGAAGGAGACUCAUUCUGUCUCCUAGAGAUUAACGUACUUUGGUGCGAGAAGUGUAAUCAAUCCCAGAACAACAGCAAAGGACACUGAUGCUGGAGGAAACGGGUUCAAAAUAUCUAUAUCCACAGUAAAACGUGUCCAAUAUAACCUGAAAGGCCGCUCAGCAAGGAAGAAGCCACUGCUCCAAAACCACCAUAAAAAAGCCAGACUACGGUUUGCAACAAAAGCUCAGGACAACUGAGCUUUGGAGGAAUAUGCAGAUUUAAAGAGGAGUCCGUAAUUUGCUUUCUAAUGAUAAUGUUCUUUUCCUCAAAGAAGUUCUUGAAUGUAUCACUGCUGAAGUAAAAGCCAUCCUCUGCUUUUUAGUUAGCUUUGCGACAGUAUCAAAAAUACAUUUCGGAUUGUUCUUAUUUUCCUCAAUUAAGUUGGAAAAAAUAGGAUGAUCGAGCCGCAGUAAGGGCUCUUCGGUACUGCACGGUACUGUCUUUCCAAGCUAGUCGGACGACUUCCAGUUUGGUGUGGCGCCAUUUCCGUUCCAAUUUUCUGGAAGCUUGCUUCAGAGCUCGGGUAUUUUCUGUGUACCAGGGAGCUAGUUUCUUAUGACAAAUGUUUUUAGGGGUGCAACUGCCUCUAGGGUAUUGGGCAAGGUUAAAUUGAGUUCCUCAGCUAGGUGGUUAACUGAUUUUUGUCCUCUGACGUCCUUGGGUAGACAGAGGGAGUCUGGAAGGGCAUCAAUGAAUCUUUGGGUUAUCUGAGAAUUUAUAGCACGACUUUUGAUGCUCCUUGGUUGGGGUCUGAGCAGCUUUUUUGUUGCGAUUGCAAAAGUAAUACAACGGUGGUCCGAUAGUCCAGGAUUAUGAGGAAUAGCUAAGGGGAUAGCUGAGCUGACUACACUGACUGCUAGUGGCAGACUCCAGUAAGCUGACAGGCUGGCUAACAGCCUGCUGCCUGGCCUGCACCCUAUUUCAUUGUGGAGCUAGAGGAGUUAAAGCCCUGUCUAUGUUGGUAGAUAAGAUGAGAGCACCCCUCCAGCUAGGAUGGAGUCCGUCACUCCUCAACAGGCCAGGCUCGGUCCUGUUUGUGGGUGAGUCCCAGAAAGGGGGACAAUUAUCUACAAUUUUUAUCUUUUGGGAGGGGCAGAAAACAGUUUUCAACCAGCAAUUGAUUUGUGAGACUGCUGUAGAGCUCAUCACUCCCCCUAACUGGGAGGGGGCCAGAGACAAUUACUCGAUGCCGACACAUCUUUCUAGCUAAUUUACACGCUGAAGCUAUGUUGCGCUUGGUGACCUCUGACUGUUUCGUCCUAACAUCGUUGUUGCUGAUGUGGAUAACAAUAUCUCUAUACUCUCUACACUCGCCAGUUUUAGCUUUAGCACCAUCUUCAGAUUAGCCUUAACGUCGGUAGCCCUGCCCCCUGGUAAACAAUGUACUGUAUGAUCGCUGGAUGAUUAGUUUUAAGUCUAAUACUGCGGGUAAUGGAGUCACCAAUGACUAGGGUUUUCAAAUAUGUCAGAGCUAAUGGUGGGAGGCUUCGGCGUCUGACCCCGUACUGGGAGGAGUAGAGGCCAGGGAAGGCUUGGCUUCUGACUCCGACUCGCUGCUUAAUGGCGAGAACCGGUUGAAAGUUUCUGUCUGCUGAAUGAGUGACACCGGUUGAGCAUUCCUACAGCAUUUCCCUCCAGAAGCCAUGAGAAAGUUGUCCGGCUGCGCGGACCGUGCCAGGGGAUAUAUAUCACUAUGUGUACUUACUGGUGGCAGUAACGCUGUUUCAUCAUUUCCUACACUGAAAUUACCCUUGCCUAACGAAUGGGACAAAAUUCACCCAACUGAUUGUGGGAAGCUUGUGGAAGGCUACCAGAAACGUUUGACCCAAGUUAAACAAUUUAAAGGCAAUGCUACCAAAUACUAAUUCAGUGAAUGUAAACUUCUGGCCCAGUGGGAAUGUGAUGAAAGAAAGAAAAUCUGAAAUACAUAAUUCCCUCUGCUAUUAUUCUGACGUUUCACAUUCUUAAAAUAAAGUGGUGAUCUUAACUGACCUAAAAUGGGGUUUUUACUGGAUUAAAUGUCAGUAAUUGUGAAAAACUGAGUUUUUAAAUGUAUUUGGCUAAGGUGUAUGUAAACUUCCGACUUCAACUGUACCUGCUUUGUUUUUUAAUGUCGUUUUUUUUGUAAUUUAGAGGCAUGAAUGAUGUCUGUAUUUAUGUAUAAUAAAUAAUUAACUUUGGUAAUGUCAGUGUCCGUCAAUUUUAUAACUGAAAGCAUUUUGUUAGUCCUAACCAUACUUGUGUUUUCACCUCACCAUGAACGAAGCCUGGGAAGGAGGCUUGUCCUAACCAGACUGACUAAUUGUCAAACUAUUGAAAUCAAUUAAUUGGAUGUGCUGAUGCAAACAGAAUGAAUGCUGGGGAAUUAGUGAGUUCUCACAAACUAACAUACACAUUUUACAUUCCAAAGUUAAUUCCAGAGCUGAUACAUUUAGGACCCACUAAAUACAUCAUAUUCCAGAUUCUGUUUUACCCGUGAAUGUCAUUCUAGAAGACAAUCAUAUAUGUGUGUGUUGCAACUGUUUGACUCUAACCCAAGACUGGCAAAACAAGACAUCUCUACAUACUGUCAUUUACAUGCCAAACUGCCGUCCCACCCUUCCAUAUAAAAUGUACUUGGAAUGCUCAAUAUAGUUUAUAAAUUAUGUUUCUGGUUUAACUUGUCGAUAUUCACCAAUCUGGGUGCCAUUUGCUUGUUACCGUCGAUACUCACCAAUCUGGGUGCCAUUUGCGUGCGAAUGCUUUCGCAUUCCGGUGUGCGCUCUAUAAAAUUGUUGGGGGGCGCGGUGAGCGUGCAGACAUUGCAGAUCCUACAACCAAGAAAGCACAACAGCAUUGCAGCACCAAACUUUUACAACUCAGCAGCCACAAGACGAGGCAACGGAGAAAAUCUACCAUGUCAGGAGAAGAAAUAAUCCACACCACCUACAAGCACAUGGAAGUAACAGGGAAGAUAGCGUCAGUCAGAAAUUCCUUAUCUCGAAACCAACCAGUCAUCAUUGUCAAGGAUAAGCAAAUUAAUGAGAAAAUCAAUCAUGAAGUGACCGUCUACCACUUGAAAAGGGAUUCGAAAUCUGUUGGAUUGGCGUUCAGUUUCCGGCAUAAUGAUCAGACCGUUUUCUCUGUUGUCGACGGGGAUGAUGUGAAGCUAGAGAUGAAACCAGACGUGAAGACAGCCUGUUCAGACGAGAAUUGCCUGUUCCAGUGGCAUGAGAAGAUGGGGGAGUGGGGCAUCCUGAAAUCUGUGGCGGAACCUCAAAAGUACCUCUGUAUCGUCAACAACAAGGUCACCGUCGGCCCACUGGAAAAGAUGGUUAAAUUUCGGCUGACAUCAAAGUGAAUCAGUACAUUAGACAUCUUGACAGUUGUCUGCAUAGAUGAUAGAGGAAUUCUAAAUUCCUUUUAUUCUUUAAUUGCCAAAAUCAAUUAGCACUCAUUUCUAAUUCAUUAAUGAAUUAUAAGUUCAUUAAUUAUGCAUGAAGUAGAAUGAGACCAGUCUUAAAAGCCAAAGGUAACAGCGUUUAUUACGAGAGAGUACUGACCCAAAAUACAAAGAACAUUACAUUUUAAAGAAAGAAGACAUAAAAUGACGUCAUCAGUUUCACACCCUCUCCCAGCCUUACAAUGGCGUAGUAUUCGGUCCUGGAGAUCAUAAACUACAUUCCAACCUGUCUAAAGGAUAUACUUCUCUCCACUAAUGGAAUCCAACCAAAACAUUCUUAUCUGUUUGAAAAACUAUCUUAUCCCUCCUUCUUAAACUUUCCCAGGAGACACAGACACAUUUCAUUUCUGCUUACAUUUUCAGUAACAGUUCAACUAAAAACCCAUACUUUUCAAAUCAUAACAUAAUAGUAUUAGCAUAAAUGGUUCUAAUCAUUAAUGUAUACAUAAUUGAUCAUCUAAACUAUAUUUUCCUCUAACAAUCCUCCCUUUGAUCAAAUAUUAUACAUUCAAUUCUACAUCUAGUUUUAUUUAAUCAUAAAAAAUGAAAGUAUAAACGAACUUAACUAACCUUUUUAUAGAGGUUUAUCAGAUUAUCAUAUAAAUAGACAAAUAAUCAACAAAUCAAUUAUAAAUGUUUAUCCAACUCGUCACAUUUCAUUAAUCAAUUCUAACCUUAACUCCAACUGUUUUUAAACCUACAUCAGAAUCAUAACCCUUCCUUCCGGAUUUUCGUCACGACCUUCAUUAAAAAAACAGUUUAAUCAUGGAAACCAAUUACAAUCUAAUUCCCCUUCAUCUCAACACUAGCCUCAUCAAACAUAAAUUCCCCACAAAUGACAGAUCCGGAUUCGUCCACUUCCUCUGUAGACAUGCCUUCAGUCCUCCAUGGGUCAGAACCUGGAAUCGGCCCAUAACGCACCAUCUGUAGUGUCAUUGAUCUUUCCAGAGUCCUGGAAACAAGGCCUCGCACACAGGGAAUUAGACAACAGCCGCAUAAAAUUAAAACAGUCAUACAGGUAGAUACAGCCCAAAACACCACAUUUUUCCAUAAAUACUGUCUACCCAAUUUAGUUCAGAGAAUUAUCCACCCCAGAGUUUCUGCCAACCCGUGAGCCAGGGUGGUCAAACCAGCUGAGGCUUCGGGCACUGAUUCGUCCGGAGCUGUGCUACCUGGGAUGUAAGACACGGUCCUGAUUACCACGCCCACUUCCUCCUUUUAUCUAAUGCAAUUCUAUUCUGUCAGGUCUUCCAGCUGAUUGCUUCAGUCUGUUCUACAAACCCUUUAAUAACCCUUCUGGUAACUAUAAUUAAUCCAGUCUACAUUCUUAUUAAGAGUAGACCACUCUAAUCCUGCCAGUAUCUGAUUUCUUGCCUUGAACUCAUCCGGCACACCUCGUGGAACCCCAAUGUUAUCAAUAUAUACUCUUUCGCCAAAAGACCUAGAUGGAGCAUCUCUUCUCUCUCGUUUUGGCUAACUUCAUGUCUUGGUGUUGUAUGAGUGUAAAGGCAUUCCUAAAUGUACUAAAGCACAUAGUCCAGUCCAAUCAGUCGGCAAUACCGCACAAACUCAUUCCCCCGCACAACCACCAGAUGUCGACACUGGCCCAUUUUAUUUUAUUGAAGUCCCCAGAGUUCAACCAGCCUGUCAAUUCAGACAUGGUCUCGUCAGUGGUCAUAUUCUCUGUACCAACUUGGUUCCUGGGGAUAUAAAUAGUGCAAAUCAAUACAACUGUCAUUAUUUGGCAUUCCUGCUUUCAUGAACAGCUUUACCAUACAUGCCAUUCCCUUAGGGAAUUAAUUCCGUUCAGUGGAAAAGGGAUAGUUGUUAACUGGGGUUUAGCGUUCGCACAGGCAUAACAUUCUUCUUUAGCCACUGAUCUGGCCGUAUAUUGAAUCCAUUCCAACCAUAAGUUGGACUCCCCAAACCCAGUCUCCACUUCUAUAACUUCUUUGAGGUCUUUGGUCUGAACUAUUCGUACCUUUAUACAAUACUUCCUCUGUUCAGGAACACAGUCCAAAACGCCAACCCUUACUAUACUCCACCUGGUCCCAAAUUGAGUGUAUGGGUUUACGUAGCCAUCCCUUUCAGUGUGAGCUAUGACCUGUCCACGAUCAAUAUGGUGAUUUACACAAAUACUUCCCAUAGAGUCCCAUGGUUCUAGACUGCCAAGGGGUGAAUGACCCCAAUUGAUCUACACAAAAUUCUACUGAGAGAUCCUUGCCCAAUUCCACCCUCACUUCCUUACUAUUUUGUUUCAGUGACCUUCUGAGAAUCUUAGGUAACAUCCCAUUUCCCUCAUCUAGCACAUGAGUCAAAUUAUCCUCUUUGGCACUUUCCGGGGGAUCAUGGUGAAUCAGGAAUAUGGCCCCCGCAAUAAAACAGCUCAGGACGGUCAGUGCGCACGUGAAGCCCCACCCUCUCCCCGAGAACACAAGCCAUCACCUCACUUCUAUGAACGCUCACAGCUGGGGAAAGGUCGGGUAUAGGGAAUCUUCAGAAGGAGUUUGACCCCCAUUCCAUAUGGGUCACGGUUCCUCUCCUACUCCUGUGAUCGUCCGACAGUGCUAGUGUGACUUACCCUCUUACAAUGUGUGAUAUGUACCCAGGUAGCUCUUUCGGCUAAUCUCACAGCGAAGGCAGUCACCAGUAGUACUUGGAAUGGUCCCUCCCACCGAGGCUGCUUCCAGUUUUUUUUCUUUAGUGAUUGGAUCCAGAUCCAGUCUCCUGGUUGAAUCUCGUGUGCCACCUCCCUCUGUAGUUCUCCUGCUGGGCAUAAAACUUUUGACCAUACAGGUUUGGUUAAUAAAACAGUUUCUUAUUCGUCAAACCAAUUAACAAUUAAAAAAAAAAAAUAUUAGUUAAUUAUCCCGUAGGUCACAUCCUAUUCUAGAACACUAUUUACCCAUCCCCCUUUUGUUACCUGGCUCUGCCCAGGUAACAACCUUGCCUUAUUCUUAUACAAUGACUUAGAUAAGAUUUAGUGAAUUAUCCUUAUGUCUGAAAUUCCAUUUAGGAGUGUCCCUUUCAUUUUCCACAUGUCCAAUUCUCACUUUUGUCUCCACUCAGUAACUUAUCUACCCACUAUGUUAUCUUUGCUCGUCCUGGCCCCCCUUCUAAAGCUUCUCUGUUCUCCAACCUUCAAGGUCUCUGCAGUGCGGGGGAGGGCUCCUCUGUAUGUUUCUCAUGUUUUCCAAAUUUGAACUACAUGUCCCUUACUAUUUGGCUCCAUCCAAACCCAUGGACCCUCUUUUAGAAAAAAAAAACAUAUCUAUGAGCGGCUUUUCUCCAAAUUCCUUAAUCAAUCUAUCUUAAUCCUAACAAUAAUCCUAACUCCUCAUAGAUGUCCUAUAUUCCUGUUAAAUAUAAUACUAUUUAAAAACUUAUAAUCUAAUAAAUGCUAACCAUAUUAAAAAUCCUUCCUACACUAACAAGCCCUCUCCUUGGGGACCCUCAGUAUUCUAUCUGACAAUAACAUGGAUUUAAUGUGUUGCAAAGUGUGGAUUAAAACUUUGGUCCUGUAAAACAGAGUAAAGCAGAACACAGCAUUCUUAUUACCCAUCUGGUCCUCUCAGCUAUUCCUAUCCAGCACCAGGUGGGCACCAUGCCACCCUUCACGACAGGGAGAACAAACAUACAUGGGUCAUCCUCAGUCAGUCUUAUCCUCCCCUCAAAGCAUGCUUCACCUCAGCCUCUCCAACUGGAGCAUCAAGCAAAGGCAUCAUGCCUGAAGCCUUCACCACAUCUGUAACAGACUUCUUAAAACACGGUAUGAUGCAAGCAGCACAUCACAUCAAUAACAAAUAAUACAAGAAUUAGGAUCAGAAAUCCAGUAACCACCAUACCAGUAUACUUACCAAACCGGUCUCCCAACCAGGUGGACAGUCAGACUCCUCUACCCCCGCCAUGGUCCUCAUCUCAGCAGAUAGUGCAUCAAGCCCAUUUAAGGCCCUUAGAUAUACUACCAUCUGGACUGGUGUUAUUAGGGAUAUACGUACAACAUUGUUUACAUUUACAUUUACAUUUAAGUCAUUUAGCAGACGCUCUUAUCCAGAGCGACUUAUUGUUCACCGAACAUCUUGCAGACUCCCCCCUGACUAGCAAGAAGCAUAUUCUAAGCAAGUCUAUUCUGUAUAAGACAGCCACAAAUUGUCCCUACCAUCAAAACCAGUCUCCGUGUCUAAUUGAUCAAUAGCUGAAUAGUCUAACAUUAAUUACCUGAAUGGUAUUUUUAACACAGUGGUGGUAGAGGAGUGUGUCCGGUUCGUCUGAGACCUCUGGUUUUGGCAGUACCUUAAUAGAAAACACACCCAUCAUGUCUGUCCUCGUCCUUUGUAGUCCGAAGGUGUAAGUGCCUGCAUCAGAGAGCUUAAUAGUUUUGAUGGUUAGUAGGAUUUCAUCACCUUUACAAAGUUCAACAGUCCUCCCAGGUUUCCCCAUAUCAUGGAAAACCUAUCCACCUUUGUGGGAUCCCCCAUGCCAUAAAGAUAUCCUCUUCUCCAGUCCCAGAACUGUCCCAAGUUGGUUAUCAUGUAAUCCCCAUACGGACACCCUCCCCCAUUACACAGGUAAUGUCCCCCGUCUUUUGACACUCCUGUACACGGGUGUUAAAAUCAAAUAAAAAUACCUCAAUUCCUUCCCUGCCCUGUUGGCUCAAAAUAUGUUAUCUUCCCCUAUUUAUUCUCAAUGAUGAAUAUGACUUUCUCUCUGUUACAAUACCAACUCCCUAAUAGCCCAUCCAAAAAAAAAAAAACUUCACAGCUAAUGUUAUAAGACAGAAUCCUGAACCACUUUCUCAUUUGCGGUUCAAACAGUAAUUCUAAACCCUCAACCAAAACUGCUUCAUUUCUAAUGAAUUUACCUUAAAACUAGUAACUCAAUAUGACCCCAUUCAUUAUACAAAUGACUCUCCCCUGAGGCUGAUCAGACCUCAGAAGCCAGUCAUGAUAAGGUCAAAAGGCCAUACCAUAUUAGACAUAAAGAUCCCUUUAUCCUUACAAUAGAAAUAGUCACCUGUAUGAUUCAAACCCAUAAAAAAACAUCUCAUAAGGUUCCAUAUGUGAGCGUGCCUCUUUAAAAUCUCCUUGCACUAAAACAAAUCGUUCUAACAGUUGUUUUAUAUAUAUAUAAUUUGAAGACCUUUUUCAAUUUGGUCGUUUAAAGCUGCACUCUCCCCCAAAAUUAUAAUCCCAGGAGGCCUCUAAAAGUGAGCCACCACAUCCCUAACUAUCAUUCACUAAUGCUACCUCGAAUCAGAAACUCAAUAAGUGAACUAUAACUAAAACCUAAUGAUAAUUCCCCUUUGACUCAAAUCAAUAAUCAUAAGUUUUAAACAUCGUCUACGGAUAUGUUUACUCAAAUGACCAUGCUACCUUUAGAUACAAUUCACCCGAUAACAUUAUUAUCCAAUGCAUUACUUUUUCUCUCUGCCGCAAUGUCGUACAUUUCACAGUGUAAGGAAUCCGUAAUUUAAUCCCCGAUAUUUAAUAAAUAUGCAUUUUCAUUCCCUCAUGGCUCCUUUAAUUUACUUACUUAUGGGUAGCUUUCAUCCGUUCCGGAACAAAGAGUUCUACCUAAACCCGCCAGAACACACUGUUCAAUUAAGUUAAAUCAAACCCAAAAAUUGACUAUAACCAAUAAACAAAUAAACAAAACACUUUUAUCUCAACUUCUGAAAGGUUACUCGAAGCCUUGAUACACACACUAACAGCCAUACAGUUUGCUCCGUUAUUCCCAGUCUCUGGUGACAAAAGUGUCGCGCUAGUGACGUCAUCAUCAAGCGCUCAACCUGCCAAUUCGUAGCGACUUCAAAUGGAUUGUAAAUAAUUCUUGUUCGAUUAACCAAACCUAAUUUAUCACAUCUGUUCUAAUCCUGAAUUAUAAUUUACCACCCCAACCAACAUCUCUAAAUUCGCCAAUUUUAUAAAAGCUUUUCGAUGGGCAUAAACCAUAAUUGUCUCUUUGUUAUCAUUUAGAAUCCAUUUUGCUCUAAAUACCUGUCUCGUCUUUGACUUAGUAUUUUAAUUACAACUCUAUUCCCAAUACGUUAUUCACUUGUCUAAUUACAACUCAGACCAGCAUUAGUGAGUGCUCGCCUUAAAAAUGCCUUGUCUCUGGGAACAGGGAAAUCACCUUAACCCAAACAUUUACUCCUACAAUGACACCCAAUAAUUCUUAUGAUCCCUUCACGUCGUUCGUUUUAAAUCUCUUGAUGUAUCAUGUAACUUAUUUUUCUCUCUUCGAAUUGUCGUCCCACAAUAUUUUCCCACUGUCAUACACUCAAACCACUGUGAUUACCGUGCACUGUCCCUUUAAGAUAAGACUUUUCAUUUGUUCCCCGCAACGAGAACGGAAAUCAGAUCAUUUUUAGAAUACGUUACUUUUUGUUCAAAUUCACUGGUGUUACCUUAACCAAAAAUCAAUAAUCAGAAAAACAAUCACAACUUCUUACGAUUAAACUAUUCUUACCUAAUUUAUAGUCCAAAGCGUUGCACUAUAUAGCCCCAUUGAGUGUCUAGCAAUUCCAUUGCUUGGCUAUAGACACAAAUCUGCCCGCCUUUGUAUAAUAUAUAUUCCCUAUUCAGAUUGAGUUACCCCCAUUUAACUUUAGGUAACUCUCUCUCUUCUAUGAUACAUCUAUUUAAUUACGACUCCUAUCUCAAUACAUUAUUCCACCAGAUCAUUUUGGGCGAAAUAGCGUUUUACAUCGAAAUUGUUUCGCCGUUAUUUUUAAUGACUUCUUUUAUCAAUUCUAUCUGGAACACAUAAUAUCCGUUCAGUUAUAUCUUUUGCAAACACUGGCGACCGUAUUUUUCAGGCAAAACAUGCAAAUAGGUCAAUUACGAUCUAAAAGCCACUAUACUACCAGCGCUCUGAAUUUGACCGAGACUCUCUGCAAAUAUACCCAUUUUUACAGUUAUCUGAAGUUGUUACUCCGACAUCUAGACAACAGAAAAUAACCCAAAUUUAAACGCCCAAAGUUUUCCCUCAGUUCCCUUUCUUUACUCGAUUGUCGCCUCUGACUUCCCCACAGUUAAAUUACAAAAUGUUGACGAUUUUUUCGUGGGGUGCUACACUCCCGGGCGAAAUGUCCAAUUUUGUUACAAUUAAAACAUCUUGUAUUUUUCUUUUGACUCACCUUGUUCAUUUUUCUCGACUUGGGUUGCUCCAGCAGCCGUAUUCUUAUAAACACAAAUUCGUCGACUGGAUUAUCUCCGCAUUGUUGGUAUAAUCGAGGAAGAUAUAGUUUGUUACCCUCACGCCCACCCAAUUGGUUAACUUCUCUAUCUGCGGGAACAGUGGGUAGUGUCUCUCGAACCUUGUUAAAUUUAAUCUCUUUUUCGGCGCGUCCCAUUCUCUUUUUUGCUUCCGAAAGCCAAACUCCGGCUGUGUAUAACCCUUGUUUAUCCUGCUUUUUCACAUUAUUACCACAUUCCUUAUGUAUUUGUUUUAUAAGCGAUUCCAGCUUUUCUACAUUUAGGCGGCCAUCAAAAUCGUAUUUUUUUCUCCAUCUUAGACCGAAAUCGAUGUUUCUCCUGUCUCUCUGUUCCAUGUAUCGCUCGUCUCCCGUUAGUUCCGGAGCUUUCUUUGAAGCCUUUCUAUAUAAUUUUAAAUUCUAUGUGCGUGCAGUUCUAUAAAUUUGUAAUUUACCGUUACUUAGUUACUUCUAGUUACUAUUCUGCUAGCCUAUGUGUGUGUCCCUUUAAAAAUAAUCAGUGUGUAUUUUCCAUCUCGGUCGGGUGCGUUUCUCAUGAUUUAAGUCUAGCUCUUUUAUGGAAAUCUUACCAAUAGCUUUGACUUUUGAAUCAGACUUUUAGGUCUAACCUAACAACUAUAAGCCCAGGGUUUGUAAGGCCCAAGUUAAAAUCUUAUUUUCCGGUUGUGUCAGUAAAGAACUCUAAUAAUCGUUAUCUCACGCCGCUAAUUGUUAGAUUUCCCUCUCGCAUUAGAUUUAAGUUACACUCUCCUCCUUAUUCGGCUAAACAAUCCUUCCUUUUCUGUCUUAAUCUCUCAUGAUUAAGUUUAGCUCUUUUAUGGAAAUCUUACCAAUAGUUUUGACUUUUGAAUCAGACUUUUAGGUCUAACCUAACAACUAUAAGCCCAGGGUUUGUAAGGCCCUAGUUAAAAUCUUACUUUCUGGUUGUGUCAGUAAAGAACUCUAAUAAUUGUUAUCUCACGCCGCUAAUUGUUAGAUUUCCCUCUCGCCUGGAACUGUCAUGUCUAAAGAAUGGCUUUUAUCUCAUUUCUUUAGAUUUAAGUUUCCCUCUCCUCCUCAUUUGGAUAUUUUCCGUAGUAUUAGUUGAAUCGGGACGGUGAUCAAUACUGCCACUAUUCACAUGACCAAUCCAGUUAUCUUGCGCUUGCCAUCUCUCUACGCCCAGUAUUUGUACAAGAUCCCGUCCUAUCUCCCAGUACCUAUUUAAUAUCCCUUCUUAAUCUCGGGCUGGUGUGCCACUCAUGACUAAGUUUUAGUUUAUUUUCGGUAGUGCACAUUACCACAGGUUAUUUUCGAACCUGCUUCCGUGUAUAUCGGUUCUACAAAACCCAUUGUAUGAUGAUCAUACACCCCUGUGGGGAUAGCAAAGUUCCCACUAUUGAAAGAACUCAAAUCCCCCCAAAAUCAAGAAUAAAGGCUACUUUACCUGGCUGCCGGCUGGGAAAAGCACUGUUCGUUUGAAUCUAGUCACUCUCUCUGUCCUCUGUGAUAAUACGCAGGCCUGUUUAAAUUUUUACCUCAAUUCAGAGGUCAGGUCUUUAGUAAAACGAGUCAAAAAACUUGUCCGUGCACGAUUUCCAGCGUAUUAUCCCAAGGCACAGUGAGAGUUAUUUAGAUCCGGCAUUCGAAGGACCAAAUUGAUAGAGGAAUUCUAAAUUCCUUUUAUUCUUUAAUUGCCAAAAUCAAUUAGCACUCAUUUCUAAUUCAUUAAUGAAUUAUAAGUUCAUUAAUUAUGCAUGAAGUAGAAUGAGACCAGUCUUAAAAGCCAAAGGUAACAGCGUUUAUUACGAGAGAGUACUGACCCAAAAUACAAAGAACAUUACAUUUUAAAGAAAGAAGACAUAAAAUGACGUCAUCAGUUUCACACCCUCUCCCAGCCUUACAAUGGCGUAGUAUUCGGUCCUGGAGAUAGUUUCACUCCCCUCAUAAACUACAUUCCAACCUGUCUAAAGGAUAUACUUCUCUCCACUAAUGGAAUCCAACCAAAACAUUCUUAUCUGUUUGAAAAACUAUCUUAUCCCUCCUUCUUAAACUUUCCCAGGAGACACAGACACAAUUCAUUUCUGCUUACAUUUUCAGUAACAGUUCAACUAAAAACCCAUACUUUUCAAAUCAUAACAUAAUAGUAUUAGCAUAAAUGGUUCUAAUCAUUAAUGAAUACAUAAUUGAUCAUCUAAACUAUAAUUUCCUCUAACAAUAGAUAACCGGCUUGUCGCCUUCCGGGGUCAGAAGAAUACUUGUCUUAGUGAAUUAUCCCUUUUAAAUAGGAUGAUAAGCAUCUUUGAUUAUUACAGGCCACUAUUAUAUCUAUGCUUACGUGUAUUUUAGUCGAGCAAAACCGGUUGUGGAAGGUACUACCCUGCUUACAGACACCUGCACACUCAACAUCAAGAUUCAGUACAUAGAGUUUGUCUCAGAAUUUAAUUCUAAAUACAAGUUGAAUUACUUUGUAAAAGGAAUCAUGGGAGAGAGAGAAACACUGUAUAUAGACAUAAUUACAUUUGAAAUGCUUUAAUUAUUUUGGAAAUUUCAGUGUAAAUUUGUUUUUAACUUUUGAUAUUGAUUUCCCUUCCUUUGGCAAUGUGAACAUAUGUUUCCAAGGGGGUGGGAGGGAGAGACUUUUAUUAAAGAAUGUGAAACAAUA